GGUUACGCAUACGGGUAUCAUUGGUUCACACCGACGCACAAGGCCUGUAGUUUGAAAGCUGUCUCGGGCCUGGCGAAUUGCGCCGCUAGCCACAUUGCGAACAAAGUUACAAUAUUUUGACAAAUAUUCAAGGAAUAGUUGGUCAUUUCGUCACGGGAACACGGUUGCUACUGUUCGGCCACGUGGUGGUGAGAGGGAGCAACGGCCCGGCGAGAUGCGUGUGAGCGGGCGUGUUUUCUUUUAAAUAGCAUUGUUAUAAGGCAUCCUGACUUGAGUUUCAUUGAACUCCACGCAAGGAGAAAGGGAAGCUAGCCGACUAAGGCGCUAGCUGGCUAGCGCCGGCUAUCCAGCCAACUCGUGUGCUGUUCACUUCCUUGUUGCACAUUGGAGUGUGAUGGAAGGCGAGAAGAAGUUUGUGGAGGGGAGACGGAGUUUUUUUACUUCGACUUUAACACGAUCUGGAUAUUGGAUUUACAUGCUCGCAUGAGCUGCAACCUCGCAGAAGAACUGGAUUUUAGAUUUAGAGUGGCGUCGGGCCUGUGCUUUGACCAUGAAAUGGAAUGCGACUGUCUAGCUGUACACAGUUAGCUAUUGGAGGCUAGCUGGCUAAACAGACUGCUAUUAGCUACUGCGAGAUUUCCGUCCUGGAGGACAACGUUUGAGAACCAACUGUUUCUUUAACUAAAAAGGAUAAUUAUAUUGUGGAUUUAUGUGGCGGAAUCUACAGGCGCCAAGUGUCAUGAAGUAACUACCUUUUUGGGGGUAACUUGCUUUUCUUUAAUCUGCUCCGAGCUAGCUUCGUAAUGCUAAUGUUGGCUAACGCUAGCUAUCUGUCCUGAUUGUGAAUUUGCAGUAACGUUAGCUAACUAGCCUGUCGACGUUUCGCUGCUAACCCAAUGUUUGGUUCCACGACACAACAAGGGAGAUAGUUUAAGUGGCGCAUACAAUAUACCGGUUCUCCUCAACGUGGCUCUGGUGCGUUCAUUAUAUUUUUUAGAUAAAUGCCUAAUUCCGAGGUGCUUCGCGAGGGUCGCGGACGGAGCCCCUCUGCUCAGAGGAAUGCUAACCGACAGGACAGGCGCAGUAAGCCAGGGAGCGGUGCCGCUCAGCGAGACAAACACCGUGAGAGGAGGCGGUCGUCGGCUUCUCGGAAAAAGAAACGCAGGCCGACCAAGGGGAGAGACCCGUGGCCCGCCGGCAACGCGGGGGACCCCGACGUCAAUCGAAGGGGCGCUUUCGAUAAGGACGCCGAACUUCGGACGUUGGUAGAGUAUGACGACGUUAGCUCCCAGUCGGAGCGGUUUUCUGGCAGCCCUUCGCCGAAACUGGACCCGCACGCCGACAGGCUCUCGGUGGAUCGACUGAGCGAUGCUGACUUGGGCGACAGCAACGGACCGGCCUCACCGGACAGGAGUCGCCCGAGAAACCGGGAGGCGGUGUGCAAGGAGGCACAGAGCCGGGCGCCAUCUGAGAGGAGCAAGCAGCAGCAGCAGCAGGAGAAGGAGCAGAGCAGGAAAAAGGACCGCCAGAGCCGCGAGAGAGACUCCUCCAAAGUUAGGAGUGGAGGCAGCCUCGGUGGCUCCAAAAAUCCCAGAGACACUACAAGGAGCAUCGACAGGAAUGGCAAAAGGACAUCUUCCUCCCAGGCCUCGCAAUCCGCAGACAAGCGGGAUUCAAAGAGGCCGAAGAGUAAAACCAGAUCUGAUAAAGAGCAGCCAUCUGCAUACAGAGAGGCUCCACAAGCUUACAGAGAUGAGCGUGAAGACCCCAGGGCAUACAGGAGAAGUCCUGGUCUCAAAGGAGAAAGUCCCUAUGGGACGUCUUAUUCGUAUAGCUACCAGUCUCCCGCUGGUUAUAACCAGCAAAUAUCGAGAAGAAGUCCAACUUACGGCAGCAAAAGACUCUCUCCCAGUUCCACAUAUUACAACCGCGAUGCAGACGCCUACGGGCCGUAUGGCGCGUCCAAGUCACCCAGUUCCUACUCCAGCAACAAGAGGAAGCGAUCUCCAGCGAGCCCAGCGACCUGGCGCAGGUCCCCGAGUUAUGGCCGACACAGUCCCUUUGAUCAAGUGGACUUUGCUUCAAGUCCUUAUGGAAACCGCAGGAGGUCUCGAAGUCCAUACAGAAAGUCCAUGAGCCCAAGUCCAGAUGUCAGGCGAUCUGCUCGAUCACGCAGCAGAAGUCCAUAUUCAUCCGCGAGGCGCUCACGCUCUCGUAGCCGCCACCGCCACUCGCGCUCCCGCAGUCGCCCCUCCAGCCUCUCGCCGAGCACGCUCACCUUCAAAACCAGUCUCGCCGCAGAACUCAGCAAGCAGAAGAAGGUAAAAGCCGCCGAAGCGGCGGCCAAGGCCAAGAACUCCAGCAACACAUCUACCCCUACCAAGGGUUCCUCGUCUGCUCGCCAACCCAGCCCGAAGUCCAAUCACGCAUCCAGAAAAGGCCGCCCCCCGUCUCCGCCGCCACCGGAGAAGGGUCCCAGAACGCCCACGUCCAGCCUGCCCCAGUCCCCCGCCGACAGGUCGGCCAAGAGGCCCGCCGAGCAGCAGCAGCAGCAGCAGAGCAGCAGCAGCAGGGAUGGCAAGGGGAAAGACGACUCUGUGCAUCGGGACAAACGGAAAGCACCAGCAGCUGCACCGAGCAAAGAGAAGGACCGAGCCCCCGGUCCAAUGGUCUCGGCUCUAUCAUCCCUGCCGCUGCCCCCAAUGGUUCUUGAGCACAUUAAUAAAGAAGAAAGCUUGAAGGACAGCUUGCUCUCGGGGAAGAAAAAGUCCGAGAGAAAGGCUCGCCCGCUUCUUUCCGACUUGCCCCUCCCGCCUGAACUCCCGAGUGGCACGUCUUCCCCGCACAGCCCACCCGACGACAAAAAGUCCCAAAGCGUUCGCCGGAGACCAAAAAUCUGUGGCCCAAGACACGGCGAGAUAAAGGAAACUGAGAUCGAUUGGGGCAAACGCUGUGUGGAUAAGUUCGAGAUUAUUGGAAUCACGGGGGAAGGCACCUACGGUCAAGUGUACAAAGCUAAAGACAAAGACACCGCUGAAAUGGUGGCUUUGAAGAAAGUUCGGCUGGACAACGAAAAGGAGGGCUUCCCGAUCACAGCCAUCAGGGAGAUUAAGAUUUUGCGACAACUCAACCACAAGAGCAUCAUAAACAUGAAGGAGAUCGUCACAGACAAGGAGGAUGCUCUAGAUUUCAAGAACGAUAAAGGCGCGUUCUACCUUGUGUUUGAAUACAUGGACCACGACCUGAUGGGUCUGCUGGAGUCCGGCCUGGUCCAUUUCAACGAGAGCCACAUCAAGUCGUUCAUGCGACAGCUGCUCGAGGGCCUCGAUUACUGCCACAAGAAGAACUUUCUGCACAGAGACAUCAAGUGCUCCAACAUUCUGCUCAAUAACAAAGGUCAAAUAAAGCUGGCAGAUUUCGGUCUUGCUCGGCUGUAUAACUCUGAAGAGAGUCGUCCAUACACCAAUAAAGUCAUCACACUAUGGUACCGUCCCCCUGAGCUACUUCUGGGAGAAGAGCGGUACACGCCUGCUAUUGAUGUGUGGAGCUGCGGAUGCAUUCUUGGAGAACUGUUCACAAAGAAACCAAUUUUUCAAGCCAACCAGGAGCUCGCCCAGUUGGAGCUAAUCAGCCGAAUAUGUGGCAGCCCCUGUCCUGCUGUCUGGCCGGAUGUCAUAAAACUCCCCUUCUUCAACACCAUGAAACCAAAGAAACAGUACAGGAGACGCCUACGAGAGGAGUUUGCUUUCAUCCCGCCGUCCGCCCUGGACCUGUUUGACCACAUGUUGAACCUGGACCCCAGCAAGCGCUGCACAGCCGAGCAAGCGCUGGGCAGCGAGUUCCUCAAGGACGUGGACCCGGACAAGAUGCCCCCGCCAGAUCUUCCCCUGUGGCAGGACUGUCACGAGCUGUGGAGUAAGAAACGCCGGCGGCAGAAGCAGAUGCCGGAGGAGGUGGCGGCCCCGAAGGCGCCCCGCAAGGAGCUGGGCCUCGACGACAGCCGCAGCAACACGCCGCAGGGCCAGCCGCCCGCCAAGGCCCAGAACGCCGCUGCUUCCACGUUGCUGGACCCGAAGGUCUCAAACUCCCAGCUCACCCAGGAGCAGCUAGCGGUCCUCCUGAACUUCCUCGGCCACCCCAAGAGUUCAGUCAACACGGCCCAGUUGGCCCAGUGCAUGGGCACCAAGGUCAACCAGGAAACACUACAGCAGCUCUCCAAAGCCCUGGGGCCCUGCGACUCGACCGCGCCGCCUCCUCAGCCCGCGCCGCCGAAGCCUCCCCAGCCCGCCGCCGCCCCUGCAGGCGUUCCCCGCACCCCUCCGAUGCCCAAGCCGCCCUCGCCCCCCAUGUCUGCGCCGGCGGGUGUUCCCGACGGCGGAGAGGCUGCGGCGGCCACGCAGACGGCCAUGACGAUGCUGCUGGCCCAGCUCCUGCAGGCCCAGCAGGGGCCGAGGCAGGACCCAAGCGACGGCGGCGCGGAGGGCGCCAACCCGGCGGCGCCGCAGCCGCAGCCUCCACCUCCGGAGGUGAAACAGCCUCCGGAGCCCAGCCCCGUCUCCCCCGUGUCUGAAGCAGGGGGCGUGUCCAUCCUGCCCCCAAACCAGAGGCCCCCCGAGCCUCCAGAGCCCCCUCCACACGCUGACCUCGACUACCGGCAGCCUCCGCCCGAGCCCAAGACCGGCCACGCUCCCCCUUUUGCGUCUGCCGUCGGAGGCGACGGAGGGAGGCCCCCGGAGCCGGACUACCCGCCGCUCCCCACAGCAGAGGGGCCCGGAUACGGCGGCGACUACAUCCACCCGCCUCCGCCCCCCUUCACCCCGGCUGGGUUCGCCGACGGCUACAUGGGUCACAUGUUGGGCGGAGGCCUGCCCCCUCACGCCCUGAGGGAGGUGUUCAGCGGGCACGGGGCGGCCGCCGGCUCCUCGUCUGCCGCGGGCGUCCACGCGGACCCCUUCCCCCCGGGCGCCGGCGCCAGGAGCAUGGUGUUCACCGGGGACCAGGACCACCGCUUCAAGUACAAUCACAGCCCGUUACCCGCGGAGGGGCAGCCGAACCCCAACGCCAUCCACCUGUACAACCACGCCUUGGCCAGGAAGGACGGCGGCCCGCCCCCCCCGCCACCGGGACAAGCCUGGGGCUCCCCGUCCCAGGCGGGGGCUCCGCCGCUGCCCCUCGGCUUCGUCCCACACGUGAACUCGACGGCGGCGAUCAGGGGACGAGGCCUGCCCUUCUGAGAGACUGGAGAUAGGAAGUGGGAGGAGCCUGUUUUUGAGCCCGAAGCCCCCUCAGGCGAGCCCAGAAGGAGCUGCAUGGGGGGGGGGGGAGGAGGAGGAGGAUUUGUUUUUAGGGCGUUGUGUUGCUCCUCAGUGUGGAGCGUGUUGCUGCCUGAACGAUGGCCGAAUAACACAACAGGAGCUUUUCAUGCUCGUACCAUUUUCCUAUUUUUUUUGUAAUCUGUUCUGCUGUCUUUUAAAUUAAACUUUUACCUUUUUUUUGUGUGUACAUUUAUCAGGCUGGGUACAUUUUAAAUCUCUACCGUAGCCUUUCUGUAAUUGCUCCAGGGCAGAUUAGUAUUAAUGUUUUGCACUACUAACUGAAGUAGGCGGAAACUAUUUUAGCUAUGAAAAGAAAUUGGUGUGCUUCAUCCGCACAACUAAUGAAUGAAUUAAUAUGACCAGUAAUGUCUUUUUAUUACGACAAUUAUUCUGCUGAAGCGAUGCUGAUUGGGCUGUUUGAGGAAUUAGGACUGUUGGCAUCAGACAGACUGGUAGUACUUAGGCUGCAGAAAAUCUGAUCCGGCUUAAUUGAGAAAUGCUCUUCUCAUGUUAAAUUCCACAUGCCCUUUUGCCAAUAAGUGUUGUAAAAUGAACAAAACUAAACACGCAACAGAGAAAAAAACAACUGUCUUUUCGUUUUGUACUGAAAUUAUUUUGUCCCCCCCUCUCUCCUCCUUUGGCAAAUGUUUAUUAAAAAAAAUGCCAACAAAGUAUGAUUGUAUUUGUCACAGUUGGACUAUAAAUUCCCUGUUUGUAGCUGUGCUGUCAUCAUAGAUUGCACCACUGGGGGGCGAC